CGUUUAUAUCGCAGUUUCGUUGGCGUAGUCGCAGAAAACGUGGUAACAGACGAGCGGACAGCGGACUUCUUCUUCUUCUUCUUUAUAACCUCCACUGAAGGAGAUGAGUUACAUAGCCUCCAAGUUAAUGUAAAUCCCUCAUCUGUGGUGCCGACUGCUGUUUAUCACAUUAGUAGGGGAGAUAACGAGAGGUCUAACAAAAGAAAUUUACGUUACAUUUUAGCCAUGAACAAUAUAAUGUUGAACCUUGACCUCUUGAGUGCAGUUAUAGUUGAACCUGAAGGUGCAUACUUCCGUCCAAUGUUCAGCGCUUCAACAAUACGCAUGCAGGAAUAUCAUUAUUUUAGGUGGCAUUCUGUAAUAAUAUUAAUCACAGAAUAAUAAUGUGUUCAUCAUUCAAAAAUUUCAACUUCUGAAGUUUUUCUCGAGCGAAGGUACUCUGUUAUACCUCCAACAACAACCAGGUGGUCAUCAGUAAGAUUGACAGCAAAGCAGUAUGAUCUCUUGUUCUUCAUCUGAGUAGCCACAGUCCAAGAGUCAGUGUGUGGGUCAUAUCUGUAGACAUCAGCAGUCGAGUUGUGAGCAAAAUGAUCAACUCAACCCACAGCCAGCCGCCGGUCACCACGGAACGAGACAAGUGUCG